AUGGAUAAUAAUAAAAUUUUGAGACGGAUCAGUGAGACGAAAUGGAUGGGCAAACGAAUAACCCUCAUGAGAAAUGGCAAUACGGAUUUCAAAGGGACAAAAAUCGUCGUCAGUGAAAAAAUGUAUCCGGAUUUUAAUCUGCUCAUUGACGAGAUAUGCAAGAUGAAGGUAAGUAGGUUGCCGGAUAGCAAUGCACUGGGACAACUUGGGACCAGGUACAUAUACAACAAGAACGGGGAGAUGGUGACGUCAAUAAGUCAGUUUCAAUCAGGCGAACAGUACAUUUGUUGCGCUGCUCCAUUCGUCAAGACAUCCCUUCUUCCCUAUCCAAACAGCGCCAUCUUCAACAAAAUGCACGACCUCGAUUCCCGGUCCAACGCCAAAACCAUCUUCAUAAUCUUGGCCGGGUUCAGACCGCGGACGAUCGCCUGCCUCCUGCUGAUGAAAAAGUUGGAGAUCACCUUCACUAAGUUGGUGCAGUCCGUCAGCGAAUUCCUCAACAUCACUCCAGAUAAGAUUCACAGUAUCGUAACCAUUGAUGAUAUCAAAGUGACCAACGUCCAGCAGUUUUUCGACGAGAAGAACUCCAUCUUCAUCGUUUUCAUGUCUUCGAAACGUCUGCAAGACGACCUCCUCUUGUCUGUUCAAGGCAUACAUGUAGACAAACACAGCAUUUCCUCUGCUCCCCGAAAUGUCAAUAUAAUUAAUGCCGAACUGGACUUCAUAAAUUCAACACUGCACACUCAGGAAUUGGAGAAAAAGAACUCACAGCCUGCAACAUAG